UGGCUGCUCUCCACCACUGCCAUGUGACUGUAGCGCAGCAAACAGUGAUUGAACCACAUUCUGAAUCCAGCGAGACUCGGUUUCCUGGUGCCACUUCCUGUUUGUGCUUUGUGGGCUGAAGCCGGAGGCCGCAAGACAGUGGAAUUGCCCAAAGUGGAGCCUGGUGAUCUGUCAGCAGCAGCCUCUUCCAUGCCAGAUUCGAGUGCCCAGCGCUGAAGGUGCCCUUUUUCCUUUCAAAGCAACCAGCGUCUCAGAUGGCUUUCAAAGGCCCCCUUGGGUGCCUGUUUCUCAGUGCGCUGAUGAGCCAGUUUCCAAAAGGAAUGGAAGGUGUUGCGAAGGAGCCGCAGUUACAGGUGUACCAGCCAAAGAAUGCUAUCUCAGUACAAAUAGGAGAUAAUCUCACACUGGAAUGCCGGGUGACUGGGGAAGGCCCACCAGGACCUGUGAGGUGGUUCCUGGGUGAAGGUCCCACAAAGAAGGUUAUCUAUGCAGGUGCUGGAAGUUUUGAGAGAAUAACAAGAAAUAAUGAAAAAUCCAACGAAGAUUUCACUAUUGUCAUCCAUAAUGUUACCUGGGAGGAUGCUGGUACUUAUUACUGUGGAAAGAUAAAGUCACACUAUCGAAAAGAAGACGUCAUACUACGUGGGGGUGGAACUGAGGUGGUUGUGACAGAUUUGCCACCUCCCAACACCGCCCCAGUGGUUGCCGGGGUGAGCGUCCUUCUCCUCGCUGUCUUGCUUCUCGUGGCAGUUUACAUCUACGUAAAGAAGAGGAGAGUCAGCGGAGCAGAAUAA